CACCGAACAUGGCGCUCCGUCAGUUCGCGCGCCAGUCCGCCCGCUCGCUCGGGCUUCGAUCCGAUGUCUCUCUCGCGCCCGCCCUCGCGACGCGCGGCAUGAGCACCGUCAUCGAGGGCCUCAAGUACAUGGCCAGCCACGAGUGGGCCAAGGUGGACGGGGACACGGUCACCGUCGGGAUCACCGAUCACGCGCAGGCUGAGCUCGGCGACGUCGUCUACGUCGAGCUCCCCGAGGUCGGCUCCCAGGUGUCCGCGAAGUCCACCUUCGGCGUCGUGGAGUCCGUCAAGGCCGCCUCCGACGUCUACUCGCCCAUCAGCGGCGAGGUCGUCGCGGUGAACGAGGACCUGGCCGAUUCCCCCGGCAAGGUGAACGAGGGCGCGUACACCGACGGGUGGAUGAUGAAGGUGAAGAUGACCGACCCGAAGGAGCUCGACGCGCUCAUGGACGCGAAGGCGUACGAGGCGUCCUGCGACCACUAAUUCAACUCGCGACGAUCGCGCCUCGAUCCGAUCGAGGCGCCCGUCUCCUCGGGCGGGUGAUCUAGACCACCAGGAACGUUGUCAUGACAGGAAAGAAGACUCGGCUGUUUGCCGCGCUGUUGU